UCACAACGGAAACAGCUGUGGAAAAUGGAGAAGAUGAGUGAUGAGAACACCGAGGAGGUGAAGGUGCUCGAGGCUGAGAUCGAGCGUCUUCAAGCUGAAGUUAAAGCGCUGCAGCGCCAACAACAGGAAAACAAUAAGGACAUAACGUUCCACUACAGAGGACAAAUGGAAAAUGCUCUAGCGUUCAUGUGUGGACAGAGACAAGAAGGAGGGAAGGAGAUGGUGAUGUCCAGACUCAAAGAGGAGGUGGAGGAGCUGGAGGAGGAUGUGAAACUGCAGACAGAAAUUAAUGGCAUCACUUUGAACAGCUGCACCACAAAGACUCUACAAAACAGUGGCAGAAAGCUGGUUCAGCAGCUCUCUUUGUCGGGUAACUGCUCUGAACUGGUCUUCCAGGUCGAGUUUCAGUUUUCCGAGAUCAAGGACAGUGAGAGAUCAAAGAGGACCAUUGGCGAUCUGAACGUGGUGCUCGAUUCAAGUGACCUGCAAAACUUCAGCAGCUUCUUGUCAAGGGUAGAGGAGAGCAGGGAUCUUCUGCUAUUCUUCAGGACCUUAAGGACUUUUUCAGACAGAUGUGAUGACCGAAGCAGAACUUUCCAACACUUCCAAGAUAAAUAUCCGUCUGUCAUCUCUCUCCCUGGAGGCCCCAGGUCAGAGGUCAUGACCCUGAACCACCCCAAGCUUCCCGGCUGUAUGUUAUUCAUUCAUUGGUCAGUUGAGGUUUCCAGAGAGGGCGUCGUGACGCCAAAGAUCAGCCUGCUCACAAAGAUCCCAGAGAAAGCUCUCCAGCUGUUCCCUUCUCAGGCUGUAGGCGGUGCUGGUGAGGCCUUUCAGAGCCUGCUGAGGAUUCUGGGACCCGAAGCUGCCCUGGAGUCCAUCAUCCAAGCAGUCAGCCUUUCACAGGAAACUUAAAACAGAAACAGCUCCAAUAUAAUGUUUUUUUUCUAUUUAGAUUAAUGUCACAGAAAUGAAGGACAGCAAGAGUUUAGUCUCUUAGAAAUCUUUAUUUCAAUAGAAAGAGCACGACUGUAACAGCAGAGCUCACGGGUCAAAAUCUACAAAAAUAAAUAAUUUAAAUACAAAAUGCCGGACAGCAGUGUCACCUUUUGUAUUUCUGAUAGUUUGUCUUCUCUCAGCUAUUUACACAGUUAUUACAAGUCUGUCGGUAUCACAGUGCUGUGAUAUUUCUGCAGGCCAACGCUCAGACAGCAGCGGGGCUGUGGCUCACAGGUGAGACAGAGAGGUCGGACACGGUUAGAAGUUUGUUUACAGACCGAAAACUAUGAUUUUUACCUCACACUGAGGCCAUCGAUAAAUGCAACCUCAUUCAGUGGUUAUAGUGUUAGUUUUCUUCUUUAAAUCUUACAACAAAAAUAAAAAUUGGGCAGUUAUGAAAAGCUGCAAGUUCUAAUUCGGUUCCUUGGUUCGUAGACAAACUGCUGUCUGUUACCACUUAUUCACAGACGCAGCACUGAAGCUCGAUCUUAAAACAAACAUCAGUGGCUGCUAGAGGGGCGAGAAAGUCAUCAGACA